AUGGUGAAGCUCGCGCUCAGUGCCGUGGCCCUUUCUCCCCUGCUUGCCGUAGGACGGGUAGUCGCAGUCCCAGUGGAAGAUGUGAUUGGCCGUGACUUGAGCACGGACGCGAUCGAUAAGUCCACGGACGUUCAAGGUACAGACAUCUCUCUUUCUCUCUCCACUCUGGAUGCCAGCGCUGGUGCUAAUACUCCCCUCGUAGCCAACUCCUCCCUUGAUAUCCGUGAUGCGGCUUUUAAAAACACCUGCUACCACCCAAGUACCGAUGUCUCUGUCGGCACUAUUGGCGGGGCUGUCGCGUGUUCCAAGUUCCUAAAAGGUCUUGAUACGAGACAAUGUCAUGCCAAGCGAGGCGGCCUCGUGUUGUGUGAGGAGCAAGGGACGGUCAUCACGGCUUAUGCCAAAGAUACUUCAGUCUCAUCGUGGUGUAAGCACGUUGCGGCUGGGAUCGAUUGGAUGGUGGAACACUGCGCUACCUGCAAAGGGGAUGACUGCAAAAUUGCCGGUAUGUUGUAG